AUGGGCGCGGGGCCGUCCUUGGGCAAGUUCCUCAAGAGUAUGGACGACGAUGAGCUCGCCAAGCUCGUCGAAAGUCUGCAGCCUCGAGAUGCCGACGUGGUAGAUGCUGCCACUGCUUUGAGCUUGUCUGCUUCAUUGUUGCAACAAUCGCUGAACUCAUCUUCAGCCCCACCGACGCUAACUGAGAUGCUGUCGUCGCCUCCUGUGACCACCGCAGCGUCUUCAGAUGGUGGAAUGAACUUAAUGACAGCGACAUCGAACACAGAAGCAGUGGCCAAUCCUAGCCCGACCGUUGCUGGAGAUAAAGAGCAAAUGAACGCGCUUUGGACUUUUGAAGGACAUGUUCUUCGCAAGAUGCGGGAGGGCGACAAGAACCCGCAGAAUGGUGGAAUGCCGGGUCUUUUAAGCAAGAACGGCGAAGAAACGCAAGGCUUCUAUUACAGCAACAUUGAGGCCAGCAACACGGCAAAAAAGCGUCGAAUCAUUCAUAGUCCAUAG